AAAAUGGUGAUUUCAGUUUUGAUAAUAUUGGCAGCCAUGGCACUGUGCGGUUGCACUCAGAGAACAACGGCUUCUGACUGCAGCCAGCAGAGGUAUGGCACAGUGCAGGUCCAGAUUGACUAUAUUGAGGUGAAGGCUCAAAUGGCUGCAGAUGGGGUCGCGGCUGGAAAUUCCAAUGUAGACAGGCUGGUGGAUGCCGCCAACACACUAAAAGAAGCCAGUGAUCGACUCAGUCGGACACUUCAGAACGCACCACAGGGAAUUACACAAACAAGCACAGAUCUAAUUUACUUGGGAUGUUUUGAGGACCGUGCAGAGAGAGAUAUGCCAUUUAGACACACAUUUCAACACCAGUACUUAACCCCACAGUUAUGUAUUUAUGGAUGUAACCACCUAAACGAAGGCUAUAAGUAUGCAGGACUUCAGCAUGGCAAUGAAUGUUUCUGUGGGAAACAAUUUGGACGCUAUGGGUGGUCAGAUACAACUAAAUGUGAAAUGCCAUGUUCAGGGAAUGCAAACGUAACAUGUGGUGGACCUUAUGAGAAUUCUAUAUAUCUGAUUACUCUAAUACAAGAUAGUGGCCAGUAACAAACAUGCAACAAGUUCAAUAGUGCACGAUAGGUGAUAUAGGACAAGAUAUUCUUCCUAGAUAUUUCACAAUGGUGCAAUAUUUUAAUUGUACAACCACUGACCCAUUUUUGACCCAUGACUUUCUAUGGGAGUUUCAUAUAUAAUAAGUGCCAUGUAUUUUUCGAAUUCAAAUUGGGUGUUUGAUCAGGUUGUCUCAAGAGCACUGAAACAUGAUAUAAUUGGUUGAUUUAGGUGAGGCCAUGUGAUGUCACAUUUAGUAGUAAAGGAGAAGCCUCUCUUAAUCAAACUGUAAACUACAUGUAUACUAGUCAAGGAUUCAUAUACCAUGUAUACUGUAUUUGAUGUAAAGACAAUCAAAGAAGGCAAUAUAAUAAUAAAUGUAAAGGAUAGUUAUCUAUCUUUUCUGAGCAGUAGGUAACAUUUCUCUUAUUCAUAUGUAAUAGUAUUGUUGUAACAAAUAAGUUUGAGCAAAAGUUCUCAUAUAAAGGCAAUCCAUGUACAAAAAGAGACAAUAGAGGAUAAAGAUGUUUUAUUUAACUUUUUAAUGAGACAUUUCACAAAAUUCUUUUGCUCAAAGUCUCUGCCAUAACAAUAUUU